AUGGAGGAAGUGUUUUGGGCACAAAAAGCAAGGAAAGAUUGGACAAAAAAGGGUGAUAGAAAUACUAGAUACUUCCAUGCUAUUGUUCGCAAAAGAAGAGCAGAUAAUCGCAUAACAAGACUUAAGAACCACUCAGAUCAAUGGAUAGAUGAGGAUCAAAAUUUAAGGGAUCAUAUACAACAACAUUUUCAAAGUACCUUCCAUUCAGAAUCAAGGGUAAAUACUGCAACUAUUAUGGAGGUUUUGAAUGAGUACACACUACCAGGACUCUCGCACCUACAUCGGCAAAUCCUGGAUAGAGAAUUUAACAUAGAAGAGAUUAAAAAGGCGGCUUUCCAAUUGGGUUCAUGGAAAGCCCCAGGCCCUGAAGGUAUUCCAGCAAUGCUUUUCCAGAAAUGUUGGGACACAAUGGGACAAUCAAUGAUACAAGCUACAUUAAGUUUUCUCAGAACAGGCUACAUACUCAAGGAACUAAACAACACGUUUAUCACUUUAGUUCCUAAAAGCCUCAACCCAGAGAAAAUUAGUGAGUACAGACCAAUCAGCUUAUGUAAUGUGGCCUACAAAAUUGCUGCCAAAAAAUUAGAAGAUACAGGUAUGCUAAAGGGAGUGGCAAUAAACAAAGGAGGGCUUCCUAUCUCACAUCUCAUGUUUGCGGAUGACAUUAUCAUCUUUUUCAAAAUUGCCAUACAGAAUACAGACAAGCUCAGCCAAACCAUACAAAGCUUUUGUGAAAUGUCAGGCCAAAAAAUAAAUGGCACCAAAUCUGUCAUGGUGGUCAGUCCUAACUGUGAUGAUGUUAUAAAAGAAGACUUAGUUAGAAAGUUCAAAGUAAAUAUUGCAGAGAAGAUUGGAAAAUAUCUAGGGGUCCCAGUAGACCCGGGAACAACUAAAAGAGAAAUUGGCAACCAAAUCAUUGAUCGGCUACAAAGUAGACUCCAAACUUGGAAAGGUAAGCUCUUAUCACCUACAGGGAAGCUAACUCUUAUUAAAUCAGUUAUGCAAGCCAUGCCAAUCUAUUCUAUGUCGAUCCAUAGAUUAUCAAAAGAUACCUGCAAUAGAAUUGACAGAAUCAUUAGAGAUUUUUGGUGGGGAAACAAUGCAGAAGUGAGGAAGUUACAUACCAUAGCUUGGGAUACAAUCUGCCUACCUAAGGAAUUAGGAGGUGUCAGUAUUAGGAAGACAGAACAAUUUAAUCAAGCACUCUUAGCCAAGCAAUACUGGAGAAUAACCCAAAAUCCACAAUCACUACUAGCUACUACUCUUAAAGGGAAGUACUUUCCAACAGCUCAAAACCUUUGGGAUAUGGAACGAUGUCCAACCACUGCGUCCCAAAUAUGGAAAGGAAUAUGGAGGACAAAAGAAACACUACUGAUAGGAGCAAAAUGGCCAGUAGGUAUGGGGGAUGGCAUCAAAUUACGGGAUCCACUAUGGUAUAGACCUCGGAAUGAAACAUCAUUGGUGGAAUAUGGACUGGACCGAGGCACAGUUAGAGAUCUUAUGGAUACUGAAGCAGGCACUUGGAGGGCUGAAAUCAUUGCAAAUAUAUAUGAAACGAGAGUUGCAGGGGAGAUUUUAAACACUCCACAGUCUAAGUUUGGAGCUCUGGAUAAAAUUUUAUGGUUGCAAUCACAGAAGGGGACCUACAAAGUAAAUGAAGGAUACAAACUGAUUACUAAGGGACAAGAUGGGACAAUUAAUUAUGGUAUGAAUAAACAUGGCUGGAAACACCUUUGGAAACUAAAAAUACCGUAUAAAAUAUGUCUGUUCUUAUGGAAAUUAUUACAUAAUGGGCUACCCACUAGAUUGGAGCUCAACAGAAGACAAAUUAUUGUUAGCACCAAUUGUGUAAUGUGUGAACAAGAAGAUGAAACAUUGGACCAUCUUUUCCUCAAAUGCCCCUUCGCUAGAGCUUUAUGGUUUGGCUCGCCACGGAACAUUCGUUCUGAUACUAUCCCCUCUAUCCGGCAAUGGUUGAUAAGCAUUCUUGAAAAAUGUAAGGCAGGUAAUGGACAGGAAGAUAAUGUUCUUACAGAUAUUAGUGCCACUCUUUGGGUGAUUUGGACUUAUCGAAAUAUGGUUCUAUUUGAGAAUAAAGCUGUUGACAUCCAACAAGCCAUUUCAAGCACCAGUUACUUCAUGACAGAAUGGAAAAUAGAAUUAGAUGAUUACCUCCAAAUUGGUUCAACACCUACUAAAACUACUGGAAACCAGUCUACAUGCAGAACUCAGAAUUGGCAAGCAAUAAUUAUAGUAGAUAUAAAAAAGCGUUCGCGCGAAGCUAUUUGGAAUGAAGGUGCCUUUGUGAUCAAAAAUCGUUUAGGCCAGUCCGUUCGUAAAGGUUGUUAUUCCUGGCAUUCCAGCAAUGAUGAAACCAACUUACUAUCCACAAUUAGAGAAGCUUUGUAUGAGGCGUGGAAACAAGGUUUCAGGGAGGUAAUCCUUUUUCUACAAUCAAAUCACGGAGUAAAGCUAAUUCAAACACAUUGCUUGACUAGCUUGGAGAAUGUCCCGCUCAUGGAAGAUAUUGCAACAUUACAAAAGAUGUUUAAACAUAUUCACGUCCAACUUGCUCCUCAACUGGUGCUCCAAGAAGUUCAGGGAUUGGCAGACAUGGCGACAACUUUCUUGUGUCUAUCUGAAAAUCUUCGUACUGGCAAUGACUUUGGAACUUUGGAACAGUAG